CGGCAAUAUGUCCAUUAGACUCUCGUCUUUUACAUCAUUUUGUGUUAGAAAAAUAGGAAGACAGGUAACAGUAUUUAUUUUAAGUAGUCACAUACAACAAAUGCAAAUAUAUCAAAGAAAAUAUUUUCAGUUUUUAAAUCGUACUUCUGUCAUUGUUCAACAAACUCGACAUUUACAAGUUCAUGAACAUAUCGCAUAUACUUUAUUGAAAAAUAGUGGAAUUCCAACUCCGCCUUUUGGAGUAGCCAAAACUCCAGACGAGGCUGCCAAGAUAGCAGCUGAUCUUAAGACAAAAGAUAUUGUUCUGAAAGCUCAAGUUCUUGCUGGAGGACGUGGAAUGGGGCACUUUAAAGAUACCAACGUCAGCGGUGUAGUUAUGUGUGAAACGCCUGAACAAGCAAAGACUUUGACUAAUAAUAUGAUAGGUAAAUUGUUAAUAACUAAACAAACUGGAGAAGCUGGUAGAAUUUGUAAUUCAGUAAUGGUGACAACACGUAUGUUCCCACGUAAAGAAUAUUAUAUGGCAGUAAUGUUGGAACAAUCUUUUGAUGGUCCUGUUGUAAUUGUAUCUAAACAGGGCGGUGUAAAUAUCGAAGACAUCGCUGCCACGAAUCCGGAAGCUAUAUCGUAUACACCAGUGAAUAUCAUGAAAGGUUUAUCACUUGAACAAAUAAAUCAAGUUGUGGAUAACUUAGGUAUAGAAGGAGAGGAGAGGAAGAUUACAUCGUUAAUUAUUUGUAAUCUCUACGAGUUGUUCAUCGAGAAAGAUGCAUUAUUACUUGAAAUUAAUCCAUUUGCAUUAGAUAUUUGCGGAGAAUAUUUUGCCUUAGAUUGUAAAUGUUCUUUUGACGACAGUUCAGAGUUCAGACAAAAGGAACUAUUUGCACUGCAAGAUUUCACACAACUAGAUCCUAACGAAGUCCAAGCAUCUAAGUUUAAUUUAAGCUAUAUAGCUUUAGAUGGAAAUAUAGGGUGUAUGGUAAAUGGUGCUGGAUUAGCGAUGGCUACUAUGGAUUUAAUAAAAUACAAUGGCGGUAUGCCAGCUAAUUUUUUAGAUGUGGGUGGUAGUGCCACUGAAGAAGCUGUGAUGGAAGCUUUUAAAAUAAUAAUUUCUGAUCCGAAGGUAGAAGCAAUUUUCGUAAAUAUAUUUGGUGGUAUUAUGAGGUGUGAUAUAAUCGCAAAAGGUAUUAUCAAUGCGUCCAAAGAGUUACAGUUGAAUAUUCCCGUAGUUGUAAGACUGCAGGGAACUAACGUAGAAGAAGCUCAUCGAUUGAUACGGGAAGCACAAUUGAAAGUUAUUUCCGUAGAUGAUUUUGCCCAAGCUGCUGAAUCGGUUGUAAAAUUAUCUUUAAUAAUAAAAGCUGCAAAUUCUAUGAACUUGGACAUUUCUUUCACAUCCAAAGAAACAUCGGCAGAAAAGUCUAAAGUCGGAAGCAAGAAGAAGUAAAAGUGAAAUAAAUUUUUAUAUUUUUAGACACAAUUUGAAAGAUAUAUUACAUACAUAGAUAUAAUUAUUAUGUUCGUUUUAUUUUAUAUUUAUUAUUUUAUAUCUGACAACAAAAGUUGGAUAUUAUAAAAUAUUAGAUGUCUUUCCUUUUUGACCUUUUUUAUAUUAUAUAAAUUUAUGUGGAUGUAAAUAUGUUUGUAAAGAAUAAAUAUUUUUUUCGAAA